UACUAACUGAGGACUGUAUGAAGUUGUCACGGUGCACUUGUCGCAUGAUGGCGCAACAUGUUGUCUGCUCAAGCACACCGGCAGCUCUUUUAUUACUUGUUUUUGUGACAUCCAAUUUAGUAACCGUUAAUACAUUUACAAAAGUGAAAGUAUCUGAUAAUUUAAGUGUCAAGUCAGUGGAUGUCUUAAUCAGGAAAAAAUCUUUUACGGGAGAGAACGUGUCUUCUAGUUCAGGUUUCUUGAUUGAAAUUCUUGGCACCGGCCUCGAGAAUAAUGUCUCAUUACUCUGGUCACGUACAAUUGAUAACUGCGAUUCAGAAAACAAAUUAAGUGCAAUUUGGAUCUCACCGAAUGGCAGUCGUGCGAUAUAUAAGUUCGACAAAGUUCCUAAUUUUAAGGUUACUACGAUCUAUUUCUGUCUAAAGAUCGUCAGCAUAUUCGGUGAAAUAUGGACCAAUCUUGGAAGCAAUUUUACUAUCAGGUCUCCAAUACAAUCAAAAAAAUAUUUUCGUACAAGACGUGACACUUUCAAUUUAUUACCUACUGUCAAUGAUGACCCCGAAAAUCUAUUUACUCGGCAAAUUCAUACAGAUGUGUUUAUUGAGGGUCUGAGAAUAGAGACAUCAGCAAAGGAUCCUAGUUAUAGGGAAGAUGGUAUUCCAGAGAUACUUGCUGGCAGUAAGGCAGUCAUAAGAUUAUUUGGUUUUGGUUUCACAGAAGGUACUUUGAUUACUUUUACUGAUGAACCAGCCAAAAGGGGUAGUAUCUGCGAUAAGAUUAAAACCAAUGAAUUUUUAAUACAAAAUGUAAGAAAUAACACUGCAACUAUUGAUGUGGUAUUACCUCUUGGUUCACCUUUCUUCAUAUGUGUAAAACAACCAGUAUAUGGAGAGGCAGAUCCAAACACUUUACUCUUUAGACAUCAAGGCACUGAAUCAUGGCAAACUAUAUAUACAUAUGAAAAAUUUUUACCACUUUGGCUUAGUAUUGUAAUUAUUUUCAUGUGUCUUACUUUUUCUGCUCUAUUUUCUGGUUUAAAUUUGGGAUUAAUGGCAAUGGACAGAACUGAGUUGAAGAUACUUUGUAAUACUGGAACAGAAAAGGAAAAACAAUAUGCAAGAACAAUACAACCAGUGAGAAAUCAUGGGAAUUAUUUGUUAUGCUCAAUUUUAUUCUCCAAUGUUUUGGUGAAUUCGAUCUUUACUAUUUUGUUAGAUGAUUUAACUUCUGGAUUAGUUGCUGUUAUUUGCUCUACUUUAGCUAUUGUAAUUUUUGGUGAAAUUUCGCCACAAGCUAUUUGCAGUAGACAUGGAUUGUGUAUUGGAGCAAAAACUAUUUAUAUUACCAAAUUAACUAUGGUAUUAACAUUUCCAAUGAGUUAUCCUAUCAGCAAACUUUUAGAUUUCCUUCUUGGAGAAGAAAUUGGCAAUGUAUAUAAUCGUGAGCGGUUAAAGGAACUUGUGAAGGUAACAACAGGAUAUAAUGAUUUAGAAAAAGAUGAAGUGAACAUUAUUGCUGGGGCAUUAGAGUUGCGAAAAAAAACUGUUAAGGAUGUAAUGACAAAAAUUGAGGAUGUAUAUAUGUUGGAUUAUAAUGCCAUUUUAGAUUUUGAGACAGUAUCAGAAAUUAUGAAAUCAGGUUUUUCUCGUAUACCAGUAUAUGAAGGUGCAAGAACAAAUAUUGUUACAAUGCUUUAUAUUAAAGAUCUCGCAUUUGUUGAUCCAGAUGAUAAUAUGCCACUAAAAACUUUAUGUCAAUUUUAUCAAAAUCCAUGUAACUUCAUUUUUGAAGAUGUUACGCUAGACAUUAUGUUUAAACAAUUUAAAGAAGGUCAUAAAGGACACAUGGCAUUUGUUCAAAGGGUUAAUAACGAAGGCGAAGGCGAUCCUUUUUAUGAAGUAAUAGGAUUGGUUACAUUAGAAGAUGUUAUAGAAGAAUUAAUUCAAGCUGAGAUCAUGGAUGAAACUGACGUCUUUACGGAUAAUAAAUCUAAGCGCAGAAGACAAGCUAGACAUAAAAUACAAGAUUUUACCGUGUUUGCAGAGAAGAAAGAAAAUCAACGAAUUCAUAUAUCGCCUCAAUUAACAUUGGCUAUGUUUCAGUAUUUGUCUACAACUGUAGAUGCUUUUAAGCCCGAUACAAUAUCGGAAACUAUUUUGCGUCGUUUACUUAAACAAGAUAUUAUUUAUCACAUCAAAGUGAAAUCACGCGAAAAAGCAAGAAAUGAUCCCGUAGCGGUAAUUUAUCAACAAGGAAAAGCGGUCGACUACUUCGUCUUAAUCUUAGAAGGUCGAGUUGAAGUUACAGUUGGAAAAGAGAAUAUGAUGUUCGAAAGCGGCCCGUUUACGUAUUUUGGUUCUCAAGCACUUACUGUCAAUGUUGGAAUUGCUGAGUCACCUACCAAUACAAAUCCUCAAACGGUGGGAAGUAUACAAUCGAUCAAUUUAGAUUCUAUGUUACGGUAUACAUUCGUUCCUGACUAUACGGUACGGGCAGUCACGGAAGUGUUUUAUGUCAAAAUUAAAAGAUCUUUAUAUUUGGCUGCGAAACGAGCCACACUUCUAGAAAGAAGUCAGAAAGAUUCAUUACCCGGUCAGGAACAACAAUUUGACGACGAAGUAGAAAAGUUACUACAUUCUUUGGAUGAAGAUGAUCGUAGUAUGCCAGAAUCUCCGAUAUUGCCUGUUGACAAAGAAAAAGAAAGUAAAAAGGAGAAGGAGAAAGAGAAAGAAAAAGAUAAUGUGCAAUCUCCUAUUCACAGUGCAACUGCUCCAACUUCACCCGCUCCAGUCAGUGCUAAUCCAAUUACACAUUCGAAAUUCAUCUCAUUAUAUAGUGAUCAUAAUGGAAAACUUAAAAAUUCACCAGUAAAGACAACAAUAAUCAGUCCUGGUCAGGCACAACCUAAGUUAGAUUUAAAUACAGAGAUUCUGGCUCGUCAAGAAGCAAACAGAGCUAUAUCAGCAAAAAAAUUAAUCGAAGAAGAAGAAAGAACGAAUCUCCUGCCUAAGCAAGAAGACUCUUAACGUUCGGAAAAUAGUCGACAGCAUUUAGUGAGUCGACAUUAACACUGCAGGUAUUAAACAACGAAGAGCAGGAAAAACCUCUAUGACAUACAAUGCUAUCAUGGCAUUAGGUACUUAACAAAUUACUUAAAUAUUUAUCGCGAAACAAAUUGAUAGUUGAUCUUGUGUAUUUUAAGUUUCAAAUAUUUGGGUUUGUGGAAACCACCCACUAUGUCCUACAUAUAUAAAGUUAGUACGCUCAGGGAAAGUUGCCAAAAUUUCAGAUACUCAUAUAUCUACAUUUGACUCUUCUUGUAGUCUACGUAAACAAUUUCAUACGUAAUUAAAAUUUAAUACACUUUUAAUCAAUAAAUGUUGCAUAAUUUUUUAUAGAUAUUUUAUAUUUUAAAAGAGCGGAACACUUACUGAAGAUUGUUUAUUCUCGUUAUUAUAGCAAACUUCAUUUUCUAUUGUUUAUCACAAAAUGCAUAUAUAUUUUUCAACUAUUCUUCUUGAACAUUUGUAAAUAUCACUAUACCAUGCAUUUCCUCAUAAGAACGAUACUUAAUGAUAUGUGCAUUUCAUAUUGAUGAAAUACACAUUUAUAUGACAUUUCUUAAUGAUUACAUAUGAAUAAUCCUGUUGUUAUGCUUAUGCCCCACAAAGCAAAUGAAGUUUUUAAAAAUUUAAAAACAAAGUAGCCAAAUUUAAAUGCAGUUGUAUAACUACAAUUAGUUUUUUACAUUUCUUACACCAUCAAGUCAACAAACUUUAUUCAAGGAUGUAUUUGAUUAAGAACGUGUUACAUUAGAAGGUUAAAAGAACUCUGAAUGUAUAAUUUAAUAUAUUCUUUAGACACAUAGAGUUCUUUGAAACGACACGUCAUUUUUCAGUUAUCUUGUAUUCGUUAAAUCAUAUUCCUUACACAAAUGUGAAUAGUGUAAAUAGAAGGAACAAAUUGUUCCCAUUUGUAAUGAAUUAUGAAACUCUCGGUAUAUAUGGUAUAAAAAUACUAUGUAUUUUUAUUCA